AUGGGUGGUGAUGGUGGUUUUUUUCUUUUUCAGUUUUUUCUUUCUCAAUUUUUUUCUUUACCGUUUUUUUUUACUUCCGUGUUAUUUCUUCCCACUUUUUCUUUUUCAGUUUUUUUCUUUAUCUUUUUUAUCUUUCCUCCUUUUUUUUUUUUCAUUUUUCUUCUUUUUCAUUUUUCUUCUUUAUCGUUUUUUGUCGUCGUUCUUAUUUCGUUCUUUUCUUUAUCGUUUUUUAUAUCAUUUUUUCUUUCCUCCGUUUUUUCUUUGUUUUUUCUUUUUCAUUUUUCUUCUCUAUCGUUUUUUCAUCGUUUUUUUUUUCUUUAUCGUUUUUUAUAUCCAUUUUUCUUUCCUCCGUUUUUUCUUUGUUUUUUCUUUUUCUUCUUUUUCAUUUUUCUUUUUUUCUUUUUUUCAUUUUUUUCAUUUUUCUUCUUUUUCAUUUUUCUUUUUUUAUCGUUUUUUUCAUCGUUCUUUUUCCGUAUUUCCUUUAUCAUUUUUUUUCUUUUUUAUCCUAUUUUUCUGUUUUUACGUUGUUUUGUUUUUUCCUUUUCCUUUGUUUCUUCGUUCGCCUUUUUGCUUUUGUAA